AUCGAAGUUGGGUUGUGUCUUGCACCGUCCCAUUUUUCGGUAUACUGGUGUAUCUUGUGCGUAUGUCGCUUGACCAUACUGUUACAACCUUCGAGUAGCUAUAAGCAGUUCUUUUCGUCCUCGCCUGAUACUAUUCAACUGCGCUGCCUAGGAGGUUUCGCCAUAGUUGGCUCGCUUCUCGAACUAACCACAACCAGAAUGCCCGACAUCUAAGAGAUGAAUAACCGUCCGCUUACCUCAUCAUACCCAAUUUCGAAGAACGGUUCUGCCCGUAGCAAUAGUUUUUUUGCUAUAGGGUUGAGGACUACUCGGCAGUUGUUUCGGGAUGCAAUACUAUCGGGAUGAAAUGCCCCUGUUCAUGCGCCUAAGUCAACGUGGUAAAUGUGGGGUAAUUGCAUCCGCCCAAGGAUCUACAGCAUAGAUAUAUACCAGUCCUCGCAAUUGCCAGAUUGUUGAGCCGAUACAUGUUUCAUGGAAAUCAAUAUUCCCUGGAUCCUCAAUAAUUUUCGUCCCUACGAGUACUUCAACAUGAAGAUCGGUGCCAGAAGCCUGGUCCCGUACUGUGCUUGUUUUGCGCAAGCUUGCAUGACCAAGGAAAGCUUACCAACCGCAACCGUGGACAGAGGUGUCGUUAUUGGAACCACGACAACCAUAGCUGAAGCAACCGUGAAAGUGAACCAGUACCUUGGGAUUCCAUUCGCGUCCGCGCCUAUUGGUACGGGUCGCUUUUCUCCACCGAAACCGACGAGUUGGGUUGGAUCUCUGCAGACCAAAGAGUUUAAACCUUCGUGUAUCCAGGUUUUCAAUCCAUACGACUCCAGAGAUUUCAUCCAAGAUGUCUUUAGUGUUCCCCGUCCGGAGGAGAGCGAGGACUGUCUCUACCUCAACGUUUUUGCUCCAAGAGACGCAAAUUCCAAGAAUAAAACGGAAGGGAAACAGCCACUUCUACCCGUACUCUUCUGGAUCUAUGGCGGCGGGUACAAGUUCGGCAAUGCAGGCCAGCCCAUUUAUUCAGGCGCCCCAAUGGCAGCACUGGAAGAUGUAAUUGUCGUCAGCAUCAAUUAUCGCACCAACCUGUUCGGGUUUCCCAUCUCACCCUCCAUAACGAAUAUUACGGAGCGCAACCUCGGAUUACUGGACCAGCGGGCAGCUUUGGACUGGGUACAGCGCAAUAUCGAGGCAUUCGGGGGGGACCCCUCCAGUGUGACGAUUUUCGGUCAGAGCGCUGGAGCAUUCGCUGUUGAUGUUCAUCUGACGAGCAUUUGGCCGAACGAAGAGGCUCCUUUCCGUGCAGCUAUCAUGCAGAGCGGGACUUAUUCUUACAAUCCCGUCGCGCCGUGCAACAACACUGAUUACAAAGAUGACCUGCGGUAUGCCCAAGAACAGUACAACAUCAACUUCGGCAUGGGCGGUGACAAUUACACAAUCGUGUGCGAUCCACGAGUGCGCCGUGAAGCAGGGCGAUUCGUUCAAGUGCCCGUCAUCGGCGGAUCGACCGUCGACGAUGGAAGCUACUACGCAGCCAAGAACGGGACAGACAUAGACAAAUACUUCUCGACGGUGUUCGCCAACGAAACGGCUCUCAAGGAAAGUGUACUCGCUGCUUACGACCUGAACCCUGCAGAGGGCCGGGUUGACAACCAGACUAUUCUUGCACAGAUACACACAGACUGGAACUUCCACUGCCCUGCCAUGUUUCUUAGCAACUCGUCAACACAAUAUGUACCCACGUACCGUUACAUCUUCAAUGCGACGUUCCCCAACCAGCGACUUGCACAUUUGCCCGACAACCGAUGGCCCGUAUCCGCCCAGAAAGCGUAUCACUCAUCAGAGAUUCCGAUCGUGCUUAGCACUUAUAAUCGAACUAAUGCAACAAUGGCGCAGGUGGCUUUGAGUAACACGAUGCGGAAAGCUUGGGCGAGGUUUGCGAAAGAUCCCUGGGAGGCUCCUAUUCCUGGUUGGAAAGUGGCAGGAAGGAACGGCUCGUUCGUCAUGGACUUUGGAACGAAUGGGGGCAGUAGCAUUGGGGUGCGGCGGGAUGAGACGGGCAAGUGUUGGGUCUGGAAGGAUUUCAUUUGGAAGAAGCAUCAGUAG